UCACGCUCCAAGCGCCAUUGGUUGAGUCAUCUGCCAGUCCACUAUGACCCCGCCUACCUCUGUCUAAAUCCUACAACGUGCCGCAAGGUAGCCGGUGAGGACCAUUUGUGACGGGUACGCGAAGCGGACAGGAUGCCGGAAUUUAACUGGAAGGUUUUGGAUAAUUUUCCGUUGCUGCUCUAUAUCUUGGCUGCCAAGACCGUGUUACUGUGCCUGGCGUUUGCUGGAGUCAAAAUAUACCAGAGUAAAAGAAUCGAAGCCAAAUUAAAACGUGAACGCGAAGAGAGACUUAAAAAGGAGGCAGAAAAGGAGGAGGAGGCUGAUAAAAAGGAAGACUAAGGUCCUGUCUGCUGUUUGGCUGGAAAUGUACGGCCCUCUUCUGCUGUGUUGAUGACGAAGCUGUGUUGUUUCAGAAAAUACAAACUGUUAAUUUAUGUAUUUAUACAGUUUUAAUAUUGUGAACUAUUUUACACAAUAAAUGUUUUU